UACCGGAAGUGGCAGUUACCAUGGAGCUUGCGGAGGACUGGCUGGUGCAAUCUUUGCGCUUGUACCAGGAUUUCCAUGCAUUCGACCUCUCAGGUGCCACUCGAGUUCUUGAAUGGAUUGGUGACAAAGGAGUUUUUGUUGCUGGCUACGAAAGCCUGAAAAAAAAUGAAAUUCUUCAUCUGACGUUACCUCUCAGACUGUCUGUAAAAGAAAACCAGGGCUUAUUCCCAGAAAGAGAUUUCAAGGUACGCCACGGAGGAUUUUCUGACCGGCCAGUCUUUGAUCUGAAGCACGUGCCAGACACCAGGUUGCUCGUGACCAGUGGCCUUCCAGGUUGUUACCUGCAGGUGUGGCAGGUCGCAGAGGACAGUGAUGUCAUUAAAGCUGUCGGCGCCAUUGCUGUGCCUGAGAAAGAGCAGGGUCUCUGGCCCAGGGUCUCCGUCUUCCCAGCAGCGGCACCCGCAGUCCUGCACGGGGCUCGGCUCAGCGGUCUGAAGGUGGUGGAUCUGGAGUCCCAGAAGACCACGUAUGCCUCAGGUGUCAGUGACAGUGAGGAGCUAAGUGGCCUGCAGGUCCUGGAUGCAGACACCUUUGCCUUCUGCUGCACCUCGGGCCGGCUGGGGCUCGCUGACACCCGCCGGAAGUGGGCGCCCUCACAGACCGGCAGUCCCGGCUCCGGGCCUGGUGGAGGGCAGUGGUGUGCGGAGGUCAGGGGCAAGGCCCCGGGCCCUGGACCCAACAUCGCCAGCCUUUGCUCAGAUGGGCAGCUCCGUCUUCUGGACCCCCGCGACCUCAGCCAUCCUGUGCGCUCAGUCCAGUGCCCCGUGUCCACACCCAGCCCUGACCCAGAGCUGCUGCGGGUGACUUGGGCCCCAGGCCUGGACAGCUGCCUGGCCGUUUCAGGUUUUGAUGGGACAGUGCAGGUCCAUGACGUCACGUCUUGGGACGGAACGGAGGACCGAGCAGAACCUGUCUUCACUCACAGGGGUCACAUCUUCCUGGAUGGGGACGGGACAGACCCUGCUCCGCUGGUCACCACCCACACCUGGCACCCCCACAAACCAAGGACCUUGUUAUCAGCGGCGAGUGACGCCUCCCUGCACGUGUGGGACUGGGUGGACCUCCGCGGCCCCCACUGACACCAGCGUCCUUCUGCCAGGCCUCUGGGAGGGACCUGCCGGAUGUACCUCGAGGGCACUGAUUUAUUUGGGACUCAGGUGACCGCGGGUCCCUGUUCACAGCUGAGGGACCUUGGGCCGGUGUGGCAGCCCCUCGUGGCCUCGGUGUCUUUGUUGGUGAAGUGAGAAGAGUAGUAACUACCUCGUGGGGUUGUUGGGGAAGUUAGGAGAAGUUUAUGGAAAAGCACCAAGUAGGAUGCUUGAUGUAAAGAUUUGGUGGCUGUCCAUAGAUCUGGGGACUUGGGGGCGACGGGAUUCUGCUGCCUCCAGCCGGUUUAAACCCUGAAGGGUUUGGGCACGAGACGCCUGCCCAACUGUGGGGACAUCCCCAGCAGUCACGCCGACCUCGCACUGUUGUCCUUCCCCGUGUGCCGGCUCUGCCGCCCACCCCCAUGCAGCCUGGCGCCCAGCGCUCUGUCCGGCCGGGAGGCUGAUGUGACACCGUGACGGAGACACUUGUGUCGGAGCCGGACAGAACAGGACCCCUGUUCAUUCUCCUCUGUGACGUGGGCCUGUCACUGCAGCACCUGGCAGAGUGGCUGUUGGUGAUCUGUGACAUUGCAAAAAUUCAAGUUGUUUCACUGGGAUAUCGGUGGUUUUAUAAAUGUUUUCAGUUUUGUCUACAUU